AAAUGUGCUUCAGAGCCCUCUGGCAACAAAGAGGUUACCUUUUCAUUACUGCCUCCUUGUAGUAAUUAUGCUCUAAAACAGACACAGGCACAUAUAAAAAAAAAAGCUUGGCUACUGUCUGCGAACACUCCUUUAAACACAGCCCCCUUUAAUUAUGUGAGGUCAAUGCUUUUUUUUAAAACAUGCAGCUGCCAAAAAAAUCAUCCACUACAUAGGUUGCUUAAAAAGAAAAAUCCUUGCAAAGUACAAGUCCUAGAAACAUCAGAAUCGUUGUGCUGAAGGCAGGCACCCAUUUUUUCAAAUCACAGGGAAGAUCCAACAACUAGAACCCAAGAUCAUUCUUUGAUAAGAGCCGGUGAGCAUUUUCCCCUUGUAUUUGCUGUCGUCGCUGGACACUGAAAGUAACCUUAAUGGAAGUUUACUAAAGCUCAUAAGUCCCAUUGUCAAUAACUACUUAAUUAAGGAGGAAACAUAUUUCACCAUAGAAACAGAAGAAGACAAAAGAUAUAGAAAACAUUGCAAAGGUUGGAGGAGAUGCCUGCACAUGCUCUAGGUUAGUAGUGUCUGGAAGAAGGCCAGAGGGACAGCGUCAUGGUUAAACUGGGAGAUAGAGCUGAGCCGAAGAAGACCAUUUGCCAUGGCUAUUAUUUGGGGACUGUUGGCUUUGGCAUUCACCAUGACUUCAGCAAGGACUUCAGGUUUCAAAAGACUCAGAAAUUCUAAACAGAGUUCAGAAGAUUUCCUCUCCCGUCUGAGUCACUAUGAGAUCGCCUUCCCUGCCCAGGUGGACCAGAGUGGGAACUUCCUGACCUACGACCUUCGCCGAGCACCUCCCAGUGUCCGCAGGUCUCGGCGGAGCAUCCCGGAUGAGUCCGAGCAUCAGGUCUUCUACCGGUUACAAGCUCAGAGAUCCAGCUUCCUGCUCAACCUAACCUUGCAAACAGAUCUACUGGGACAACACUUCACUGUCGAGUACUGGAAGAGUGGGGGAUUGGAUUGGAAACAUGAGCUGUAUGAGGACUGUCAUUACAUUGGCCACAUACAAGACCAGCAGUUGAGCUCCAAGGUGGCCAUUAGCAACUGCAAUGGACUGCUCGGAGUGAUAGUGUCAGGGGAAGAUGAAUAUCUCAUUGAACCACUACCUCUAGGUGGAAACUAUAACCAGACCAGUGGUGGAACCCCUCACGUGGUGUACAAGCGCUCCUCCUUGCAGCGACAGCACCUUGAUGCUGCCUGUGGUGUAAUAGAUGAAAAACCCUGGAAGGAACGCCAUUGGUGGCUUAGAAAUCCAAGGCCUCCACCUCUAAGGCCAGCAUGGAAUCACACACAGCGUGGGCCUCUGCCAUUUAAGCGAUCAGUGAGCACAGAGAGAUAUGUGGAGACAUUGGUUGUUGCUGACAAAAUGAUGAUUGGCUACCAUGGGAGAAGGGACAUUGAGCAGUAUAUCCUGGCUAUCAUGAACAUUGUUGCCAAACUUUUCCAGGACUCAAGCCUGGGAAACAUUGUAAACAUCAUGGUGACAAGGCUGAUACUCUUAACUGAAGACCAGCCCACCCUGGAGAUCAAUCAUCAUGCAGGAAAGUCCCUAGACAGUUUCUGCCGGUGGCAAAAGUCCAUUGUAAGCCGUAAUGGAAAUGCGAUCUCAGAGAGCGGCAUUGCUGACCAUGACACAGCUGUCUUGAUAACCAGAUAUGACAUUUGCAUUUACAAAAACAAGCCAUGUGGAACUCUAGGCUUGGCACCAGUGGGCGGCAUGUGUGAGCGAGAAAGGAGCUGCAGUAUAAAUGAAGAUAUUGGCCUAGCUACAGCCUUCACUAUUGCACACGAGGUGGGACACACAUUUGGCAUGAAUCAUGAUGGUAUCGGCAAUGGUUGUGGAUCCCGAGGUCAAGAGACAGCAAAGCUUAUGGCAGCUCACAUUACUAUGAAGACAAACCCAUUUGUGUGGUCUGCUUGUAGUCGAGACUAUAUCACCAGUUUCUUAGACUCAGGACUGGGCCUCUGUCUAAACAACGCUCCCCUACGGCAGGAUUUUAUUUAUCCCACACAAGCUCCUGGACAGGCCUAUGAUGCAGAUGAUCAAUGCCGUUUCCAACAUGGAAUUAAAUCCCGCCAGUGUAAAUACGGGGAAGUCUGCAGUGAAUUAUGGUGUUUAAGCAAAACCAGUCGUUGCAUUACUAACAGCAUCCCAGCUGCUGAGGGCACCAUCUGCCAGACAAAUACCAUUGAGAAGGGGUGGUGUUAUAAGAGGGAAUGUGUUCCAUUUGGGACACGUCCUGAGGGUGUGGAUGGAGCAUGGGGGCCGUGGUCUCCAUGGGGAGAGUGUAGCAGGACCUGUGGAGGAGGUGUAUCCUCCUCUAUUCGCCACUGUGAUAGCCCAAGGCCAACUAUCGGAGGGAAAUAUUGCUUGGGAGAGAGGAGGAGAUACCGGUCAUGCAAUAUCGAUGAGUGCCCAGCUGGUUCUCAGGACUUUCGGGAGAUGCAGUGUGCAGAGUUCGAUAAUAUAGCAUUUAGAGGAAAAUAUUAUUCAUGGAAAAGUUACAAAGGAGGUGGUGUGAAGGCUUGUUCCCUGAACUGCUUAGCUGAAGGCUUUAACUUUUACACUGAGAGAGCGGCAGCUGUAAUCGAUGGGACACCCUGUAGACAGGAAUUUUAUGAUAUUUGUGUUAAUGGGGAGUGCAAGCAUGUGGGAUGUGAUCGGAUUUUGGGAUCUGAUGCCAAGGAAGACAAAUGUCGCGUGUGUGCUGGUGAUGGAAAUACCUGUGAGACAAUCGAGGGAAUCUUCAACCAAUCAUUGUAUGGGACAGGAUAUGAGGAGGUAGUCUGGAUUCCAAAAGGCUCUGUCCAUAUUGACAUCCGCCAGCUCAAUGUAUCACAAAACUACCUGGCCCUGAAAGCAGAGGAAGGGGGUGAAUACUUUAUUAAUGGGAGGCUACCCCCUGACGCACCAAAGAGAUUUGAUGCUGGUGGGACCACCUUUCACUACAGAAGACCACAGGAUGAGCCAGAGUCACUAGAGGCUUUAGGGCCUACUAAUGCAACAAUAGUUGUUAUGGUUAUGGUGAGAGAAGAGAUGUCUAGUAUCCGCUAUAAGUUUAAUGCCCCUAUCAACAGAGACACACAGGGUGGGUAUAACUGGCAUCUCACCACAUGGACCAAGUGCUCUACUCUAUGCGCUGGAGGAGUGCAGUUGCAGCAGGUUGUAUGUAAGAAGCUAGCAGAUGGGUCUAUGGUCUCUGAUGACAUGUGUGAUACACAGCAGAGGAUUCAGGAGAAGCAGCGUCCAUGUAACACUGAACCUUGCCCCCCUGAGUGGUCAGUAGGUCCAUGGUCUGAGUGCAGCCGAAGCUGUAGCUCCGGUGUGCGUACACGCAGUGUUAUCUGCCAGCGCAAAGUAUCAACAGGGGAGAAUAGAUCUCUGGAUGAUAGCAGCUGUACACCAGAUCGUCCUGCCAUGCUGGAGCCCUGCAACACCAAAGAAUGCCCACCAGAGUGGGUGGCACUGGACUGGUCUGAGUGCACUCCAAGCUGUGGACCAGGGUACAGGCACAGAGUUAUCCUUUGCAAGGCAGGGGACAAUGAAAACACCUUACCCCCUGCCCAAUGCCAAGCUAAUGACAAGCCCACAACUAGCAUGAGAUGUACCCUGCAGAGGUGUCCCCCACCACGCUGGGUGACAGGUGAUUGGGCUGAGUGUUCAGCCCAGUGUGGACUUGGGCAACAGAGACGCUCUGUGCAAUGUGUGAGCCACACAGGGCAGCCGUCUGUGGAAUGCAUAGAGUCCCUUCGUCCUUCUGCUAUGCAGCAAUGUGAAAACAAAUGUGAGGCUGGACCUUCUGACAGCCCAGAUGAAUGUAAGGAUGUCAACAAAGUGGCAUACUGCCCCCUGGUGCUGAAAUUUAAGUUCUGCAGCCGACCCUACUUCAGACAAAUGUGUUGCCGGACCUGUCAGGGCCAUUGACUCUUGUCAAAAGAAAGCUGUUAUUUUAUCUUUCUUACCUAUGUUUUUUCAUCCAACUUCCGCCUCUCUUUUCAUUUUUGGAAGACUUUGCUGUCCUCACUGGAAAACAUGUUCUAGUCACCUUCCUCUAUGUGUAUAUGCUUCUGUUGCUUUUCUGUUUUCACUGAUUUUAUGCUGUAUUACUUCAUUGUUCCACAUUUACUUUUCUUUCUGUCCUUCCUUUUGCUGACCUCUCAAACCAUUUCUACACCCACGUGCUUUGUUUCCUCUUUUUUACUUAUACUUUUCACUGCUUCAUCUUUGACUCAUCCUCUGUCUUUUACAUGUCUAAUAUGUCUCUUUCUUAUCUCCAUUCUGCUCAAGUUUCCAUACUUACAUAUAUUUCACAUAUCUUGAAUCUUGGGGCACAUACAUACUAUAAACAUUCCCAUUAACACUUCACUGUCUAGGGUCAGUACUGCUGGAAAGCAGGGGGCAGUGCCCUUGGUUAUUGAUAGCUUAAUACAAACAUUUAUUUUUAUUUCUGGAAGAACAAUUAAGAGCAUCUCUAUUUUAUGUGAUCUAUCCAUUCUAAAUUAUCUACUGGGUGAAGAAGACAUGACAGAGUACAGUAUUGCUAAAGAUUCAGGUUUCUGCAAAUGCCAACAUAAGGUUGUUGUCUCUGUUAAGUUACACUCAUGGACUGCAAAUCAAUAUAUAUAUAUAUAUAU